CGUGUGUGUGUCUGUGAAUCUGCGCGUGCAACCUCACAAAAAGUCUUCGCGAUCUCUUCUUGCCUCCUUGUUUUUACAAUCGACCUUUUCUAUACUCGUAGGAAAACUCGACUGUUGUUGAAGUAAGAGAUCUAUUAUGACUGGCCCUGCAACACCUGGCCAAGAAGGCCCUACCUUCGCUCCUCCUGCUCUGCCUGCAGGUUGGAUUGCACAAUGGGACGCCCAUAGCAAGAAAUAUUACUUCGUCCAGCUGUCGACUGGCGAGUCGCAAUGGGAAACUCCUACGCAUGCCGCGCCCACAGGUCCAACUCCACAAGCUACACCGCAGGGAAUCGAUCACCCUUACGGAACGCCGGGAGGGGUUGAACAGAACCAGUAUGCCGAUCAAGAUAUUGUGAAUAAUGCGGAUGGGACCCAGAGUAUCAGAAGGGCGGAUGGCACGUUGGAGCCGUAUACUGCAGACAGAAGCUUGACUGGAAAUAUCGGGCAAUUUGCUAUGAAUCAAUUGCUGAGUGGAGGAAAGAAACAGAAUAAUCAGAGCAGUGGUUUGGCAGGUCUGGCUGGCCAGUUUUUAGGAGGAGGCUCAAGUCACAACCAGAGCAGUGGACAAUCAAGUUCUAGUGGAGGAUCAGGCCUUGCUGGUGCAUUGAUGGGAAGUCUGCUGGGUAGCGGCAAAAAGCAGGAUAACCAGCAGACAAAUUACUCCGGAGCACAGAAUACACAACACAGUUCGAGCGGUUUCAUGGGAAAUCUAGGAGGAAUGUUCGGUGGCCAUUCACAAAGUUCUUCUUCUCAGGGAAAUAACUUCGGAUAUUCUUCUCAUGGCGGCUCUCAAGGGGGAUAUUCUGGUUCUGCACCGCCAACAUCGUACCAACCUAGCGGUCAAAGCACCUAUAACCCACAGCAGCAACACAAUCAACCACAAGGACAAUCUUCAUACUCUCAAACACAACCUUCGGCACCAUCGUACGGCCAACAACAGUCGUAUGGUGCUUCAGCUCCACAGCAAUCCUACGGUUCAUCACCAAACCCUCAACAACAGCAUUAUGGGGCUUCUCAAAAUCCACCAGCCCAGCAAGGCUAUGGAGCAUCACCAAAUCCUCAAACUGGCUAUGGUGCUCCUCCUGGAGGACAACCUUCAUAUGCUUCUCCACCUUCUCAACCAUCUUACGGACCUCCUCCAACUUCUCAGCAGCCUUCGUAUGGUGCUCCCCAAGGCCCCCAACAGCCUCCGUACCAAGCUCAGCAGCAGCCACCAUUCGGAGGGAUUCAACACCAAGACACUUAUGGACGACCUCCGCAUGAUCCCCAAUACCCUCCUCCCCCUAACUAUGGAGGCCAGCCACCCCAAAACAGCGGGAACCUGCCCCCGCCACAACACCAGCACUUCCAAGGACUGCACAAUGCAGAGCAUUCUGGUGGUUUGUACGGCAAUAGUCCUUCAGCUCCACCAGUACCGCUGGGCAGUCAUCCAGGGCAAAAUCCUCAACAGGGAGGAUAUAAUGCACCACCAGGCGGCUACGGUGGACAACAACGAUGGUAAUCUGAAAUGACAAUGGCGUUGGCACUGGCGGCAUGAAAAUGACUGGACAUUUCAUUUGUAGGAUGGGAGUUUUCUUUCCAAUUAGAUGGAUGAUAUCCAGAAAGCGCAUCGAAUGCACGACAUGUAGUCAUAAUGCAAGUCUGAUCUUCAUGAACUUGCAAUGUCAAGAAUAUUAUGUCUUCUUUUUUUCUGGAUCUGAUCUUCCAUGUCCUAUACCUUUCACCAGCACGCUGAUGUACUUGGCAAGGUGCCAACCUCCGAUCGCAAGUAUAAUGAUGUAGACAGCAGUCGGAAGUAAUGACCGUGGAAAGACAUUGUAGAUGUAUGGAUCGAGUAUAAUGUCGACAAAGACUGGUGGUACAUCAUUCAUUAGAGUCUUAU